AAACAAUAGUGGUCACAACAGUAGAGAAGAAACCCUUCUUCUCACACAGAAGUCAUUUACCGCUGCAGCAUCCUACACAGAAGCUUCACGAUAACGUCACGACGUCUGGACCAAUCAUAUUCAAGCUGUACAAAAAGACGGUUGGGCACGUACUGGCACUACUUCUAACCUGUCUUGAACACACGCGCAUGUGUAGUCGGCCCUCGAGGCCAAGGGUUGUGUAUGCAGACAAUUAUCUGGCCCUAAGCCUCAUGUAUGCAAGAAUGCUUUAGCGCCAGGUACAGCUAGCUCAUCAGAAGAAGGAGAGAGGUGGAGGGGAAAAAACACCCUUGCUGUUACUUGAACCUUGCUGCAGGCAAGAGAAUAGACGGGACGCUAGACAGACGCACACACAGCGUUUCAGGACUUAGCUGCAAUCCUCGCACCGAGAAUACAGAAGAGGCCGGCGAUAACUUCUAGCGAUGGGGUGGACGAGGCUGGCGAUGCUACUGGCGGCGAGCCUAUCAUCAGUAUUGGCGGUGUCUCCUCAGCUGUUUUACCCAUACGGCCCUCGCCAGGGAGACGAAAGCCUCCCGCCUGCAGACGACAUUAGUACUGACGAGAUUCAGUUAUCUGUUCCUAUUGUCUUUUUCAACUCGUCUUUUUCAUCAAUUUACGUAAAUCUUAAUGGCCAUGUGUCAUUUGAAUCAGAAGUACCUGCAUACAGAGGAGAUCUGGCCCUUCCUUUUGGCCUUAAGCUCAUUGCUCCAUUCAUGGCUGACAUCGAUACAAGGAUUUCUGGACGGGUCUAUUACAGAGAAGCUAGAGAUCAGGAAACCUUGCAGAGAGCAGCAACAGAUAUUCAUAACCACUUCUUGGGAAAAGUUUUCUUCCGCCCAUCAACAGCAUUUAUUGUCACAUGGGAGAAAGUGGGCUAUUACAGACAACAAUCUGACAAGGUGAACACUUUCCAACUUGUUAUUGUAACGGAUGGGGAGUCAUCCUUUGCUAUUUUCCAAUACCUGGAUGGUGGCAUGCAAUGGAUCAAAAGUCAGGGAAAGCUGACCCCCACUGUGCCAGAGAUUCCAGCACAGGCAGGCUUUGAUAGUGGAAGUGAAACGACAGGCUUCUUUCUUCCAGGCUCUGGCACCACAGCUGCUUUUGUCAAUGGUUCAAAUGUCAACAUACCAGGAUUGUGGAUGUUCCAAAUAGGCAAUGUGGGCACUGAAGGCAAUAUCUUAUCAGCUGAUGCCAACACUGGAAAAGUGACCUUUUUUGAAGUGGACGUGGCUCGUACUUGUCUUGAAGGUGCCAGACAAUGUCACAUCAAUGCUCGAUGCCUAGACUUUGACCAGGGUUUCUGCUGCCAGUGUCUUCCUCCAUUUUAUGGCAAUGGCAAAAACUGCUUGGAGAGAGAUGUUCCCCAGCGACUAAAUGGAAAAGUCCAUGGCACUUUAAAUGGUUUGACACUGUCAAAUCUCGAUAUGCACACCUAUGUUGUAACAUCAGAUGGCCGAACAUACACUGCUAUCAGUCGUGUGUCAAGCUCUUUGGGACCAUCAAUGCAAACCUUGAAUACAAUAGGUGGUUCUAUUGGUUGGCUUUUUGCCAUACCAGGUAGUGACCAAGCUGUAAAUGGUUAUUCUUUGACAGGUGGAGUUUUCAAUCGAACUUCAGUCAUAAACUUCCAGCGUGGUGACCGUACAAUUCACACAGUGCGUAUUAUGCAACGGUUCUUUGGACAUGAUGCUCUGAACAAUGUGCGCAUGGACACUCACAUUGAGGGUGACCUCCCAAACAUUGUUCUCGGAUCCAAAAUUUCAAUCAGUGACUACCAUGAAAAUUACAAGAGGGUUAGCCCAGGUUUGAUCAAGGCAUUCUCUGUGCGCUCAUACCGUGUGAAUGACAUAGCAUUUCGAUACACAUGGGAUACAACUAUUACCUUUGUAGAAUGCGAAGCUGACCCUUCAGUUAGGCCAGAUACCAUGCGCCUGUCGGUCACAAGGAACUAUGUUGUUCAUAAUGACAAAGAUCAGGUGUUGCGAUAUGCCAUGUCCAAUAAAGUUACUGUCUUCACAGGUACGGAUGCCUGCCUUGAAGCUGAGCUGAACUGUCACGAGCAUGCAGACUGUAUCCCAUCAGAUGACACAUACCGCUGCAUAUGCAAACCUGGUUUUGAUGGUAGUGGUAUUGACUGUCGAGAUAUUGAUGAGUGUACAGUGGGUGUCUGUGGCCAGCAUGCACAGUGUUCAAACACAAUAGGAUCAUUUCAGUGUCAAUGCUUACCUGGUUACCAAGGUGAUGGGCGCACCUGCGUUCGUGACCAGCAGAUGUGUGGUGAUAACUUUUGUAGUGACCAUGCCCGCUGCGUAUUUAACAGUGAUACUAUGCAGCCUCAGUGUGAGUGUAAUCAAGGAUUCAAAGGAAAUGGUAUCCUCUGCACAGCAAUCCGAUUUGGAUGCAAUGAAGCUGACAUCUGUGGAGAUAAUGCUCAGUGUGUCCUUGACACUGACACAAACAUGUAUGUCUGCGAGUGCUUGGAUGAUUUCAGUGGGGAUGGAUAUACUUGCGAACGUCAAGAAAGUACAGAUUGUGAUCGCUGCAGCAAAAAUGCUGAGUGUGUAUAUGAUAUCCAGCGCAUUGUGUAUCAGUGUCGUUGUGAAGCAGGCUACACUGGAGAUGGGGUUACCUGCACACCUCUGGACAGGUGUGACCAGUGUGGUGCCAAUGCUGAAUGUGUCUCUGACUUAGCUACUGGGCAGUACAUCUGCCGGUGCCCUUAUGGUUUCUAUGGCGAUGGUCUCAGGUGUGAGCGGUAUGAUUGUCGAGAGGCAAAUGUCUGCGACAUAAAUGCUGAAUGUCAGUUUGACACUAACUUGAACUUAUUCCUGUGUCGCUGUAAGAGUGGCUUUGCUGGGGAUGGCUUUGACUGUAAAGAAGAGGGAUGUGAUGUUCGCAAUGAUUGUGAUCCGAAUGCUCGAUGUAUUCCGGAUACUGUCACACGGCGUUACAAAUGUCAGUGCAAUCCUGGCUUCCAAGGGGAUGGAAAAGUCUGCAGUGAAGAAAUUGUUCCAUGCAACCGAGUUAACAACUGUGACCGCUACGCAGAGUGUAUUUAUGAUCCUGAUGCUUUGUCAUACCGGUGUCGGUGUUCCCGUGGAUAUGAAGGGGAUGGCUUCACCUGUCGCAAGCGAGAUGUCCCAGAUUGUCAGAGAGACCCGAGUAUGUGUGAUCCUAAUGCAUCUUGUGUAAAGGGUGCUGAUGGGGAGUUUGUGUGUGUCUGCAAUAGGAACUUCCGUGGUGAUGGUCGUAGAUGUAGUGCUGUGACCAGAGAAGGAGAUUACCUCAUUUAUGCUCAAGGCUACAAGGUCAUGCGAGUGCCUGCAAGAGCAGAUUUUGAUGGGUUUGGUCAACAGAUUGUAUAUGUACCAGGUCAACUGGCGGUAGGCGUGGAUGUAGAUUGCCAGGAUGGGUGGUUGUACUGGACAGAUGCUGCUUAUGGCCGUAUUAAUAGGGUUUAUCAGAAUGGCUCAGCAUCAGACGUUUUGGUAGAAGGACUAGGGUCACCAGAAGGCAUUGCCAUUGACUAUGUGUCACGUAACAUUUUCUUCACUGACUCUAAGCUUGACACACUUGAAGUGUCACGGUUAGACGGUUCCUUUCGAAAGACACUUUUUAACACUGACAUGGUGAAUCCUCGGGCUAUUGUGCUGGACCCAAGUCAAGGGGUUAUCUUUUGGACUGACUGGAAUCGUAAUCAGCCCCAGAUAGAGACAGCCAGUAUGGACGGCACGAAUCGCCGUGUCCUAGUCAGUGCUGACCUUGGACUGCCCAACGGUCUUGUCUUUGACCAGUACUCACAUCAGUUGUGCUGGACUGAUGCAGGUCACAGGCGGCUGGAGUGCAUGCGGUCUGAUGGGCAGGGCCGGCGAGUUGUCUCGGAAGGAACCUCACACCCAUUUGACCUGACCAUUCUCAACAACAUUCUGUACUGGACAGACUGGAACAAGAAAAACAUACUCAAUGUUAACCAGAAUGGAGGAGACCUGGGACCUCCACUGCCUCUAGCGUUUGGCAGCAGCGGGCGCUUAUAUGGAAUAACAGCAGUGCGAGACGUGUGUCCUCGAGUUACCAACGCUUGCGCCUUCAACAAUGGUGGCUGCACGUACCUGUGUCUCCCAACGGCCAACGGCGGACGCUCCUGCGCAUGCCCAGACGGGAUGGACCCUAGGAUCUGCAAGGAAUCGUAGAUGUACCAGUCGCUCACCCACCUGCUCCUUCCCCACUCUCUCCGUCCACAUCACAACAAUCUUCUGGACUUGAUUAAUUAAAUAAUUUCAUCUCAUUAAGGCCUUUUUUUUAAAAAAGUCUCCAUGCUUUCAUUCAUUCUGUAAAUUUCAUUCAUUAGCUAUACGUAGAAUGUCAGUGUGUAUGCACAUGCGUACCUUUGCAGGAAAAGCGGCACAAGAUGGCAAGGGUGUUCUCAGACAACGUGUAUGCAUCUGUGUGUAGACUGCCAGUAUUUUAUUUUGUGGUUCUUACGCUGCGCGGUGUUGUAUAUUGUCAGUAUUUAUAUUAACAGAUCGUGCACUUUUGGCUCACGUGUCCGUCCUUUUAAUACAGAAUUUUUAUUAACCUUCAGUAUUUUUAAUAAACUAUGAUGUUCAGUCUU